AUGCCCAGCGGGAGACGCUGGCGGGGCGGAUUCCCCUGCGACACCGGGAAUGGCACCGGGAGCGGCACCGGGAGCGGCACCGGGAGCGGCACCCGGAGCACCCCGAGCGCCUCCCGGCGGGACCCCAGCCGCGCGGCCCCGCCCCCGGCGCGGCGCGAGGCCACGUGCGCGCGCGGGCGGCCUUUGCCGACGUGUCCCUGGCGCCGCGCGCCCCGGAACUCCGCGCCGCCGCCCGUCGUCCAGCGCGGCAUCGUCAAGAUGGUGCUGUCGGGCUGUGCCAUCAUCGUGCGGGGCCAGCCCCGCGGGGGGCCCCCCCCGGAGCGCCAGAUCAACCUCAGCAACAUCCGCGCGGGGAGCCUGGCACGGCGCGCGGCCGCCAGCCAGCCCGACGGCAGGGACACCCCGGACGAGCCCUGGGGCUUCCCGGCGCGGGAGUUCCUGCGCAAGAAGCUGAUCGGGAAGGAGGUGUGCUUCACCGUGGAGUACAAGACCCCCCAGGGCCGCGAGUACGGCAUGGUCUACCUGGGCAAAGACACCAGUGGUGAGAACAUUGCCGAGUCCCUGGUGGCUGAAGGACUGGCUUCCCGGCGGGAGGGCAUCCGAGCCAACAACCCCGAGCAGAGCCGGCUGGCCGAGCUGGAGGAGCAGGCCCGCAGCGCCAAGAAGGGCAUGUGGAGCGAGGGCUCGGGCGCGCACACCGUGCGCGACCUCAAGUACACCCUGGAGAACCCCCGGCACUUCGUGGACUCCCUGCACCAGAAACCCGUCAACGCCAUCAUCGAGCACGUGCGGGACGGCAGCGUGGUGAGGGCCCUGCUCCUGCCCGACUUCUACCUGGUCACCGUCAUGCUCUCGGGGAUCAAGUGUCCCACCUUCAAGCGCGAGGCUGACGCCGAGGUCCCGGAGCCGUUCGCGGCCGAAGCCAAAUUCUUCACGGAGUCACGGCUGCUCCAGAGGGACGUGCAGAUUGUCCUGGAGAGCUGCCACAACCAGAACAUCCUGGGCACCAUCCUGCACCCCAACGGGAACAUCACGGAGCUGCUGCUGAAGGAGGGCUUUGCCCGCUGUGUGGAUUGGUCCAUCGCCGUCUACACCCGCGGCGCCGACAAACUGCGCGCGGCCGAGAGGUUUGCCAAGGAGCGCAAGCUGAGGAUCUGGAGGGAUUACGUGGCCCCCACGGCAAACCUGGAUCAGAAGGACAAACAGUUCGUGGCCAAGGUGAUGCAGGUGCUCAACGCCGACGCCAUCGUGGUGAAGCUCAACUCGGGGGACCACAAAACCAUUCACCUGUCCAGCAUCCGGCCACCGCGGCUCGAGGGGGACAGCGCCCAGGACAAGAACAGGAAGCUGAGGCCCCUCUAUGACAUUCCCUACAUGUUCGAGGCCCGGGAAUUCCUGCGCAAGAAGCUCAUCGGGAAGAAGGUGAACGUUUCCGUGGAUUACAUCCGCCCUGCCAGCAGCGCCACCGACACGGUGCCGGCCUUCUCGGAGCGCACCUGCGCCACCGUCUCCAUCGGCGGCAUCAACAUCGCGGAGGCGCUGGUCAGCAAGGGCCUGGCCACGGUGCUGCGCUACCGGCAGGACGACGACCAGCGCUCGGCGCACUACGACGAGCUGCUGGCGGCCGAGGCCCGGGCCAUCAAGAACGGGAAAGGGCUGCACAGCAAGAAGGAGGUGCCGAUCCACAGGGUGGCCGACAUCUCCGGGGACACGCAGAAGGCGAAGCAGUUCCUGCCGUUCCUGCAGCGCGCCGGCCGCUCCGAGGCCGUGGUGGAAUACGUGUUCAGCGGCUCCCGCCUGAAGCUCUUCCUGCCCAAGGAAACGUGCCUGAUCACCUUCCUGCUCGCAGGGAUCGAGUGCCCGCGGGGAGCCCGGAACGUGCCGGGGCUGGCGCAGGAGGGGGAGCCCUUCAGCGAGGAGGCCGCGCUCUUCACCAAGGAGCUCGUGCUGCAGAGGGAGGUUGAGGUGGAGGUGGAGAGCAUGGACAAGGCCGGGAAUUUCAUCGGGUGGCUGCACAUCGAGGGCGUGAACCUGUCGGUGGCGCUGGUGGAGCAGGCGCUGUCCCGCGUGCACUUCACGGCCGAGCGCAGCCCCUACUGCAAGGCCCUGCUGGCCGCCCAGGACGCGGCCAAGCAGAGGAAGGAGAAGGUGUGGUCCCACUACGAGGAGACGCCGGUGGAGGAGGUGGUGCCGGUGCUGGAGGAGAAGGAGCGCACGGCCAACUACAAACCCGUGUUCGUCACCGAGAUCACCGACGACCUCCACUUCUACGUGCAGGACGUGGAGACAGGAGCCCAGCUGGAGAAGCUGAUGGAGAACAUGCGCGCCGAGGUGGGCGCCCACCCGCCCGUGGAGGGCUCCUUCGUCCCGCGCCGCGGCGACUUCUGCAUCGCCAAGUUUGUCGACGGGGAAUGGUACCGUGCCCGGGUGGAGAAGGUGGAGUCGGGUGGCAAAGUGCACAUUUUCUACAUUGACUACGGCAACAAGGAGACGCUGCCCCCCAGCCGCCUGGCCCCGCUGCCGCCGGCGUUCUCUCCGCGGGUGCUGCCGCCCCAGGCCACCGAGUACACCUUUGCCUUCAUCCAGGUGCCGCAGGACGAGGAGGCGCGCGCGGACGCCGUGGACAGCGUGGUGAGGGACAUCCAGAACACGCAGUGCCUGCUCAACGUGGAGCACCUGGGCCCCGGCUGCCCCCACGUCACCCUGCAGUUCGCCGACUCCAAGAGCGACGUGGGGUUGGGGCUGGUCAAGGAGGGGCUGGUGAUGGUGGAGCCCCGCAAGGAGAGGCAGUUCCAGAAAGUGGUGGGUGCCGGGGGGCACAGGGGGCUGGGGGGUGCUGGGUGGGUGCUCAGGGGGUGUUCGGAGGGGCUGGAGGCUCUUGGUGGCUGCUGGGAUGUUGGGUGGGUUUUUGGGAGGCCUGAGGUGGGUGCUCGAGAGGUGUGGGGUGGGUUCUGGGGGUACUGGGGGUGUCAGGUGAGUUCUGGGGGUCCCUGUGCCCCCCUCACCACUGGUGCUGAUCAGUCCUGGCCCAGCUGCUGCCCCAUUGGGACCAUGGGGGUCCCUCCACCCCCCGGUGCUGCCCACCCCCAGACCCCCGAGUUAAUUAUCGAUCAGACCCUCGGGACCCUGUCCCCGGGGGUCACCCCAGCCCUGUCCCCCCGGGGUCACCCCAGCCCUGUUCCCCCGGGGGUCACCCCAGCCCUGUCCCCCGGGGUCCCAGAGUGGCUGCAGACCCUGAACCUCAGCUCCAGGUCCCACUGCUGGACCCCAAGCCUGGCCCCCUCCCAGUGCGACCCCUGA